AGAAAAAAAACAACCAUGGUCAAGGGGGACGAGACCAAGAGCAAGCGUCCAGCGCCUGCUGCCGAGCAGGAGGAGUUUGAAGAGACGCCGCUGCGCACUGCCAUCUGGACGUACUUGGGCUAUGCCAUCCUGAUUCUCUUUGGCCACUUCCGCGACUUUCUGCGCGACUGGGGCAUCGAGAAGACCAAGUUCAAGCGCGAGACGGGCAUGCAGGGCUUUGUUCCGCUGUUUGCCGAUUUCGAGGCCUUCUACACGCGAAACCUGUACAUGCGCAUCCGCGAUUGCUGGAACCGCCCGAUUAGCUCGGUGCCUGGAAGCCACUUUGACGUGCUUGAGCGCGCGACCGACGACUACAACUGGAACUUCCGCAUGACGGGCCGCAAGAUCCCGCUGCUCAAUCUGGGCUCGUACAACUACCUGGGCUUUGCGCAAAACGAGGGACCCUGCGCUGACGCUGCCGCCCAGGCAAUCCGCGAGUAUGGCGUUGCUUCCGCCUCGUCCCGCACCGAGCUCGGCACCUCCGAGCUCCACGUCAAGCUGGAGAAGCUCGUCGCCGAGUUUCUCGGCAAGGAGGACGCUGUGGUGGUCGGCAUGGGCUUUGCCACCAACUCGACCAUCAUCCCCAUUCUGUGCGGCAAGGGCUCGCUCGUGAUUAGCGACGAACUCAACCACGCCUCGCUCGUGCUCGGCUGCCGUCUCUCCGGAGCGUCCAUCCAAGUGUUCAAGCACAACGACAUUGAAGCGCUCGAGCGCCUGCUCAAGCGAGCUGUCGUCGAAGGCCAGCCCCGCACCCAUCGCCCCUGGAAGAAGAUUGUUAUUGUUGUCGAAGGCAUUUACUCGAUGGAGGGCAGCAUUUUCCGACUUCCCGAGUUGAUUGCUCUGAAGAAGAAGUAUAAGGCUUAUCUUUGGCUCGACGAGGCUCACAGCGUUGGCGCUCUGGGAGCUCACGGCCGUGGUGUGACCGAGUUCCACAACGUGGAUCCUGCAGACGUCGACAUUAUGAUGGGCACGUUUACAAAGUCGUUUGGCUCGGCGGGAGGUUACUGCGCGGGAUCGAAGGAGAUUAUCAACCACAUGCGCACGCACGCCCACAGCUCAUUCCACGCCACGUCCAUGUCAGCACCAGUCGCGCAGCAAAUCAUCAGCUCCAUGACUGUGAUUAUGGGCCGCGACGGCACUGACGACGGCCAACGCCGCAUUGCGCAGCUGGCCGACAAUGCGCGCUUCUUCCGCACAGAGCUCAAGAAGAUGGGCUUUAUUGUCUACGGCAAUGAUGCCUCCCCGAUCGUGCCCUUGAUGAUUUUCCAAGCCUCGAAGAUUGCUGCAUUCUCACGAGAGUGCCUCAAGCGUGGUGUUGGCAUUGUCGUUGUGGGUUUCCCAGCGACGCCAAUCAUCACCUCUCGCGCACGGUUCUGCCUCUCUGCUUCUCACACUCGCGAGGAUCUCGAGAAGGCCCUGGCGGUCAUUAGCGAGGUUGGCAAUCUGCUGGGCAUGAAGGUGUCGCAGAAGACUCCCAGCCGAGACUACGUUCUCCGUCGCUGAACACGCUCAACGGGCCAAUGUCGGGCCAACGAAAACAGCUCGACUGCCUUUUUUGUUCUUUCUUGCAUUCAUCUCCCUCCUUUAACUCUUUCACUCUUUCCGCUCUUCCGAUCUUCCUCUGCUUCCGUUUUUUUUGUGCCUGCUGUCCACUUGUACUUGUUUCCGUUUUCCAGAAAAUGUACAACUUGUUUUGAUUCCA